GUAGCAUCUACGGCACACGUGUAUCUAUCCAUAGAUAUGUCACCACGGUCACAGACUUCGACACGAUGCGUUUUAGAAUUUGUUCCUGUAGCUGCUGGCUGUCAACUCUCGUGCAUGCAGUUCAGCGAACCAAGCGCGAUGCGCUCAUUUGGAAAGUCAAUGAUAAGAACCCAGUCAUUGGCUGCCGGCAUACCUGCAAGCGUGUUUCUUGUCCUCAUUUGCUUGCAGAUAUAGCAUAACGGUUUCCCCUGCUUGUAUACAGGAGCAACUUGGUCAGCGCGUUGUUCACGUUACGUAUGGGAGUUGAAAACCUAGAGCGGCACGGCGCCCUGACAGUCACAGAUGCACUGGGGGAGGGGAGAACUGAAUGCAGUGGCUUCAAUUUUAUGUUCGCUGCAAAGGGACAAUGAUCCAGUGGGGUGUUGGUUCCCAUCUUUUGUCGUUGAUGACUGGCACACGCGUGACAGCGAAUGUUCGACCAGCAGCCGUAUGCAACAACCGUGAACGAUCUACAUGGACACACCCCCCGUGAUUCGCGCGUGUUGAUCGGGUAAUGCUUGCCCGAUAUUUUCUGUCGAAAUCGUUUGAAUUAGUGAGGAGAGGGAGUGAUUUGUACAUGUCUUAACGAUUCCUUUAACCAGCGACUGCUGCUGGCGCUGGACGUUGCGUGUGGCGGAGCCUAAACUGCAUUUUCCGAGCCGUGGCGGGUCAGAAAGCCACUCUGUCAAUUUUUUUUAACCACGAGGCGUCGGCGUCAGGGCAACAUGGCAGAUCCCUCGGCGGUUUCCGAUGCAGCAUCUACUGCAUUAGAAGUAGCUUCUAUGAAUUCCGCUGCUGAGAAAUCGCAGCGAUCCCUGGCAGGUUCCCGACAGGGUCGUCGUCAAGAAAAGCCAACAAAGCAGACGCGAAAACAGGUGAUCGAGGCAUCAGCAUUCUCUUUGACAAAAACUCCUUUGGCACGACCUGCACUCCGUCCCUAUGAGGUUCUUGUCACCAGGCGCCUUCCCUUGGUCGUUUAUUUCAAGCGGUGUAUGCGGCUGUUGCACGCUGGCCUCGAGCCGCCGCACAAACACACAAGCAGUUUCCUUACUGGAUCAAAGGAUGCACAGUUCCAGAAACAACUUGCUCCGCAGUUCCCUUUCAUUGUUAUCCGCGGUGCCGGGGGAUGCAUGAGGACAGCCAUCUGGCUCGCUCAGGAUGUCAUGAAGGCUCUAGGGGGGUUGGGGCGUUCGGCUGCAGUGGAAAGCUCUUCGUCAUGCCGAGACAACUCGUUACAGAUCAGUGGUCACGCACCUUCUCUUGAGAUCGAAACGCACACUGUGGAAUGCACAGACACGGCGUGGACGUUCGUCGAAGAAGAAGAUGAUGAUAGCUGCCCUGUUGCGGGCACGUUCGACCUUGCGGUCAGGCGGCGCUGCAUCAGCGCGAUUUCCAUCAAGGUGCAUAGGCCUCUACCACAGCAACUGUCCUGAAGCAAACUGGAAACUGUGCUUCUCGUCUGACGCUCAAUUUGUCUCGUACGAUGCUGCUUCGUUAAAUUACCAGACGGGCGUAAGCAACGUCAUCAGUUGGCGUGCCUUGUCUCUUGCAAAGAAUCAUGCGCUUCAACGGUGUAUCGGUGAUUCUGCUGAGGGUCAUGCCGUCUUCCCGCGUCGAAUGCUGGGAUUAUCUGUUUUUGUGGUUGGAUUGUCCUCUCUUUUUGUAUGGCCAUAGCGCAGUGCUGCUGGACUCACCCUGAACGUUUCCAGUGGUGGUACUUGCUUUCUGUGUGCCAAGUUACUUUGCCAUAGGUUCUUGACCAUUUGCUAUUGUGUAUUAUGAAGGUUAAACUGAGUUGUACUUCUGCGGUAUGAAUUUCUGCUGACAAGCGACUUGCUCAUUGUUGUCCUCCAACCACAGACUCACCACUCGAGCACGCAGGCAAACGCAGGAAGACUCCCGCACCAACGAAGGUUCGAGACGAGACACGCCCGGCUGUGGGGCCCACUUAUGGGGAGCGGCGGCUGAGGAAAGUAAGCAGUUGCUACAUGCAGUAAUAUGGUGGUAGUUAGGAAGUCAACACUGUCGACGGAACAGUUGUAUGUGUGCACGUUGA